AUGGGAUUUUUGGCAACUGGUAAUUUAAAUUACUCUGGUGCACGGGUGAUGUCGGGAAGAGACGUUUCGUAUAUUCAGUCGCGGCUCGAGUCGCUUCACGCGGUCGAUGUCAAGCUGGUUUCCAUGCUGGACAAUCUGUCUACCACGCUGGAAUUGUUGAAGGACCACAAGCGCGAGGGGAUUGCCAAGUCGGACGAGUUUAAAACAGCUGUUUCUGGCUUCUAUGGAGACCUCAGUUCGGCUGCUGUGGGGCUUAACCGCGAGAUCAAGGCCAUCAACAACAAGGUCAACUCGCAAUCAGAGGAAUUGGACCUGCUACCUAUUCAGAUCAACAAAAAGGCCGUCUGGGUCAACCAGGACAAGCUCAACGAGGAGGUUGACAGAUUGGAUAAAAUUGCAGGUUUCAAAGAUAUCCAGGUGCCAGACAUUCCUGAGGUUCCUGUUGAGCAGGAACAGACCGCGCCCGACGUCGAGAUGACUACGCAAGAACCGCUGAACGAAGACAACGAGAAAAAAAUGGUCGAAACCAUAGAUUUGGAUGACAUUGAAAUGAGUGAACAUAAAGAAUAA